AAUAUCUCCUAACGCGCCGGGACCCUACCCCUUGGGUGGUGUGGAAACUUGGGUCACGUUGCAACAAGGACAAACGCACGUGUGGUGGGGGGUACGCUGCGCUUGCAUAUAAGCGACUGCUGCGAAUGUAUCCAGCAUUGUGCAAUCAUGUACAGUUGCAGGCACCUUGUGUUGGCGUUUUCCGUGGGAGUUAUGACUGUGUCUACGGCCUUGAUAGCGAUUCUCUGCAGAGCACGCCUGCCUCCCGGAGUCGGCUACACUCGCUUGAUGCUGAUACUGGUGGGCCUUCUUGUCGUUGCAGCACCCCUCGUUGCUGGUGACGACGACGGACCGCCUCCGCGGAAAGCCCCUCGAUUGGUGGGCAACGACGAUGACCUCCGGCCCGAUCCCCACCCCGAGGUCCAGGACUCCCCAUUAUCGCCUGACCCUGAUGACAGUGUGGAGGUACGUGUGCGCUUGUGUUGGUUUUGUGUUUGUAUGCGUGUUUGUUUGCGUUACGGGCUGAAUUGUUUUUUCUUUCCAGGAGUAUGACUCGGAUGCCACCGUGGAGAACCUGAUACCCGGUGUAAGUACAAUUGGCUUCCUUGUUUUGUCCGUCUCGUGUUUUUUGCUAUUUUCCUACGGUUUGUUUUUUUUGCAGUCUCCUGACCCAUGGGCUUUUGGACCGAGGCCAAGGCAGAGGCCUCUCAAUGACACAGCGGUUGAGGACCUUCUGCUGGGACCCUGGGAAGUGUUGGAGGCUGCCAUCACGGGUAUGCCUCUACCACCGUCUCCAUCACCGCCCCGGGCCGCAGCCCGCAGGCUCCCUCUCCAGACGAUGCCGCUUCCUCAGCCGCGGCGACUUCCGAGGAUAAGUAUCGCCCCGGCCCAGGCCCCCUCGACGUCCCGGUCCUCUGGUGGGUCCAAUGUAGCGACCGUCGCCCCGACCCUCUCGACGUCCCGGUCCUCUGCUGGGCCCAAUGUCGACUCGACCCAACCCUCUACCUCAACGGGUCGAACCGGCGCUUGUAGAAGGCCUCCUACAGCUGCAUCAGGAGUAGAUGUGGCACGGCAGAGGUUACGGGAACUGGUGCUGGACCAUUUCCUUCAAGUAUUUGUUUCGCCGGCGCACGCUCCCGUGGCGUGCACUGUGGGGGCGUUGGUUGCGAUGUCCACCCUGAGGGCCGAGCUCAGGGAUAUGCUCUGGCUCGUCGACCAUCUUCUCGACGAGACGCCCCGUGACCAGAGUCUCGUGAUAGCGUACGCGCUUUGGAGGGAAGUGCGCUCGUCGUUGGAGGGUCUCUGCUCAUCGGCAUCGGCGAGAGCAUGGAGUCGGCGGCCUCGAGGGAUCCCUACGACAUCGACCCUGAGGAACCGGAACCGUCGCCCCCGGCUAGGCACGUUCGCUGCUGUGUCUGUAUGGACAGAUUGCCGACGGUAG